AUGUCAGAAGGAGAGAGCAAGGAAAGUGUGGGCAGUGAGUGUCCUGUGUGCUAUGAGAAGUUCCGGGACCUCGAGGGAGCCAGCCGGACCCUGAGCUGUGGCCAUGUCUUCUGCCAUGACUGCCUCGUCAAGUACCUACUUUCAUGCAAAGUGGAUGGGCAGAUUCAAAGGACCAUCAUCUGUCCUAUCUGCCGCUAUGUCACCUUCCUCAGUAAAAAGAGCUCCCGCUGGCCCUCUCUGUCAUCAGAGAAGAACCUCCAGACCUUGGUGGUCCCCAUGGGCCUGGACAACCUACCUUUGCUGGAUGUCUUGGGACACACAAACCCUCUAACCAUUCCCCACCCUCUCUGGGUUCCUUCCCAAGGUCAGACCAACCAAAGCCCAUUUCCCAGAGACCUGCUGCCUGGCAUUGUCCAAGAGCCCCAGAUCUUUAUCAUCAGUCCCCACGGAAUGCCCCUCAGGGAGGAGGACAGUGUCCUGCCCAGACAGAGCCUAGCCAACCUCUCUGAAGUGUCCCCAGCACAAAGAAGUUCUCUCUGCUCACGCUGCUGUCAUUCUCGAGUAAUGGUGCUGAUAGCUCUCAUUACCAUAGUGGCUGUGAUAGCUACUAUCCUGCCCUGGAUCCUACUGGUAAGGAAGGAGGCAUGACUUUGUCUAGGGAUGCAUCCCCAUUAAAAAGAAGUCCCAGAAGCUAAGAAGCUUCUGAGCCAAAGAGGAACACAGGGAGCACAGGGAGCACAGCCCCACAUGAUCACAGACAUUUUCAGCAUUA